AUGAAGGCUCCCCGUACUCGUCGAACCGACUCGCAGGUCGUGUCUUCCGACGCCAAAGAGCAACGGUCGGAUGUAGACGCUUCCACCUCGCUGGCGCCGCCUCCACGCCCUGCUACAACUACCGCGAGCGAUACCCCCGACUACUUCAAUUCGGUCCACAAUCCCUUCUCGCUGGAGCCAAAUCCAUUUGAGCAGUCCUUUGGCACUGGGAACUCUGCCGAGACUCCUGGAAAAUCGCUCCUACCUCCCGUGGCCGCCCUCACCUCGCCCGCACUGCCUGGUGCGUCAUCGGGCGGCGGUUACAACUGGUCCAACUCGCUGCGCUCGGGGCCACUCAGCCCGGCAAUGCUUCCAGGACCGACCGGCUCCAACGACUAUUUCGACAGCAUCGGUCGUGGCUUCCCGACACCAAACGAGUCAUCGCUUCGCACAGGUCUGACCCCCGGCGGCGGGGGAUCGAUGUUCCCGGCUCCAAGUCCCAACUCACAGGCUCUUCUACAACACCUGCAAAGCGGCGGUGCUACCCCAUCGACUAUUGAGUUCCACCGCACUGCGCUGGCCGCAAAGAAGAACUCUGGAAAUGGGUCAAACUCCAAUGCCAAUGAAUCAGAGCCAACAUCUCACCCAGCCAUGGACACAAAGCCGCAGCCGACAUCAACAGACUUCACUCAACACGACGCGGCCGAUGCCGCAAAUGGUCUCUUCAUGCUGGCCAAAGGUGGUCAGGCAAACAACAUGCCCAUGAAUCAAGUCUCCAACGCGCACCAUGAUUCGCGAUCUUCUGCAGCUCGACGUGUCUCGCAGAACACGAACGGUGGGAUAAGCCGUGAGAUGAGUGGCGAGGCGUCCGAAGACCCUUCGAAAACCGUGUCCAAGGGGAAGGGCAAAAAGAGUGCCCCCAAAGCAACCCCAGCGAACAAUCGCCGGAAAACAGACGAACCUACCAAGGGUCCAAACAAGAAGAUUAAGAUGUCGGAAACACCAUCCGAUGAUUCAGAGGACGAGGAGAUGAGGAAUUCCAACAUGGAUCCGAAGAAGAUGACGGACGAAGAAAAGCGGCGAAAUUUCCUGGAACGGAAUCGUGUUGCUGCUUUGAAGUGUCGUCAACGGAAGAAGCAAUGGCUUGCGAAUCUUCAGGCCAAGGUUGAGCUUUUCACCACUGAGAACGAUGCCCUCACAGCUACAGUGACCCAAUUGCGUGAGGAGAUUGUCAAUCUCAAGACUUUGCUCUUGGCUCACAAAGACUGUCCUGUGUCUCAAGCUCAAGGUCUCGGCCCGCUCAUGAUGAACGGGAUGGCGACCGGGUUCGAUCCCCACGGCUAUGGCAUGCCUGGUCAGAUGGGCAUGCCGCCUGGCGGCCCAAUUCCUGCCCAGGGCAUGCGGAGAGCUUGA